CAGAGACAAUCUCUAUUUGAGAACCAUUCCAUGCACUACAAGGGCUCCUAGAGAUGGGGAGGUCCCUGGGGUAGACUAUAAUUUUAUUCCUGUUGAGCAGUUCAAAGCACUGGAAGAAAGUGGAGCCUUGCUGGAAAGUGGAACAUAUGAUGGUAAUUUCUAUGGUACUCCAAAGCCCCCAGCAGAGCCCAGUCCCUUUCAGCCUGAUCCAGUGGAUCAAGUUCUUUUUGACAAUGAUUUUGACACUGAAUCGCAGAGGAAAAGAACCACAUCAGUCAGCAAAAUGCAAAGGAUUGACAGUUCUCUGCCUGAAGAAGAGGAAGAGGAGGAGAAGGAAGCCGUAAACGGCAGUGGAGGGAUAGAAAACAAAGAAAAACAUUCAGAUUCUUCUGACUGGAUGAAACCUGUUCCCAGUUACAACCAGACAAGCAGCUCCAUGGAUUUCAGAAACUAUUUGUCAAGGGACGAGACCCUGGAACCUCUACCCAAGAACUGGGAGAUGGCCUACACGGACACGGGCAUGAUCUACUUCAUAGACCACAACACCAAGACAACCACAUGGCUUGAUCCUCGGCUCUGUAAGAAAGCCAAAGCCCCUGAAGAUUGUGAAGAUGGAGAACUUCCUUAUGGAUGGGAAAAAAUAGAAGACCCUCAAUAUGGAACAUACUAUGUUGAUCAUAUUAACCAGAAAACUCAGUUUGAAAACCCGGUGUUGGAAGCCAAAAGAAAGAAACAAUUAGGACAAACUGAUGCUGGCCCUUCAAAAUCAGGAGCAGAGAAGUCUCUCUUCACCAGAGACCCAGCCCAGCUUACUGGAGCCCUCAUACGGACGUCGCUGAAGAAAAGUACAAUGGGAUUUGGCUUUACGAUCAUUGGAGGGGACAGACCUGACGAGUUUCUGCAGGUGAAGAAUGUGUUAAAAGAUGGACCUGCUGCACAAGAUGGGAAAAUUGCACCAGGUGAUGUAAUUGUCGACAUAAAUGGAAACUGUGUCCUUGGCCAUACCCAUGCAGAUGUUGUCCAGAUGUUUCAACUAGUUCCUGUCAACCAGUAUGUGAACAUGACUUUGUGUCGUGGUUAUCCUCUUCCUGAGGAAAAUGAAGACUCUAUUGUAGAUAUAGUGACAGCUACACCUCUUAUCAAUGGACCACCUAUGACCAAAGGAGAUGUUUGCGUGACCAGUCAGGAUUUGAUACCAGGCACAGUCGUGCUGGACCAGAAUGGAAAGCCGGGCCCUGUGUUAGUCAACGGUCGUCUGAAUGGCCCCUCUGUGGACACAAAUGAGCAGAGAAUCUCUGUUGCAUCUUCAGGGACAUCUCAAACAGAGCUGGUCACCAUUCCUCUAGUCAAAGGUCCUAAAGGCUUUGGAUUUGCCAUUGCAGACAGUCCUACAGGACAGAAGGUGAAAAUGAUCCUAGACAGCCAGUGGUGCCAAGGCCUUCAGAAAGGAGAUGUAAUCAAAGAGAUUUGUCAUCAGAACGUACAGAACUUGACACAUCUGCAGGUGGUAGAGGUGCUGAAGCAAUUUCCAGUAGGAACGGAGGUGCCACUGCUUAUCUUAAGAGGAGGUCCUCCUUCACCUACUAAAACUGCCAAAGUGCCUAUGCCUUUCCCACCCACUGCUGUGAGAUCGGGCUCUCCUAAACUAGACCCUUCAGAAGUCUACUUGAAGUCUAAGACCAUAUAUGAGGACAAGCCUCCAAACACAAGAGAUCUGGAUGUUUUCCUGCGGAAACAAGAGUCAGGCUUCGGUUUCCGGGUGCUUGGAGGCGAUGGACCAGAUCAACCAAUUUAUAUUGGAGCCAUAAUCCCAUUGGGAGCAGCAGAAAAAGACGGCAGGCUUCGAGCUGCUGAUGAACUGAUGUGUAUUGAUGGAGUGCCUGUGAAAGGGAAAUCACACAAGCAGGUGUUGGACUUAAUGACCAGUGCUGCACGGAAUGGCCAAGUGCUGCUCACGGUCCGGAGGAAGAUCUUCUUUGGUGGAGAAAAGCAACCAGAGGAGGAAGAGUCACAGCCUAUCUUGGGCGAAAAAGGGUCUCCCCGAUUGAAUAGGGUGGAGUUUGCAAGCCAGCAGUCCUCAGAGGUCUACGAUGUCCGUCUACAGCGAAAGGAAAAUGAAGGAUUUGGCUUUGUCAUUCUCACCUCAAAAAAUAAACCUCCCCCUGGAGUGAUUCCUCACAAGAUUGGCCGCGUUAUAGAGGGCAGCCCGGCUGAGCAGUGUGGGAAGCUCAAAGUGGGGGAUCGCAUCUCGGCAGUGAACGGCCAGUCCAUCGUCGAGCUCUCCCACGACAGCAUCGUGCAGCUGAUUAAAGACGCGGGCAACGCGGUAACUCUGACCGUCGUCGCCGAGGAAGAGCAUCGUGGUCCUCCCUCGGGAACAAACUCGGCGAGGCAGAGCCCGGCUCCGCAGCACCGGGCACCGGCGCAGAGCACCCCGGCCGGCGCGGACAGGGGCACCACAGAAGGCGAAGCUGGAAAAGAGGCAUCAGCUACUUACAGGCUUUCGUGGCCUGAGCACAAGCACUUGGCGCAGCCUGAGGGGGCUGUUGCUGCAGUAAGUGGUGGCCGUCACCCCCAGGUACAGAAUCCUGGCUGCUACCCAGUGGAACUGGAAAGAGGUCCUCGGGGGUUUGGGUUCAGUCUUCGUGGAGGAAAGGAAUACAACAUGGGCUUAUUCAUCCUGCGACUUGCUGAAGAGGGGCCAGCAAUCAAGGAUGGGAGAAUACACGUUGGUGACCAGAUUGUUGAAAUAAACGGAGAGCCCACCCAAGGGAUCACUCACACACGAGCCAUUGAGCUGAUUCAGGCUGGUGGGAAUAAAGUUUUGCUGCUGCUGAGACCAGGGACUGGCUUGAUACCAGAUCACAGUGAUUGGGAUGGUUAUAAUCCAUCUUCAUCAAAUGUAAUAUAUGAAGAACCAUCACCAUUAUCUUCAUCUUCACAGUCUGCUUCCCCAUCUGAACUGUGUUAUUUACCAACAUCAGGAGAAGCUUUAAUGAAAGUUCAGCUGUCUGAGAAACUGGAACAGGCGAAGAACACUGUGCCUGAAAAGAUAAGCACUUUAUCAGAAAUCUCGUCUGAGCUUAAGCCUGUAUCUUCUCCCCAGAGAGCGAAGAACAGAUGGGGUCAUCCCUCCAGUCCUGGCUUGGAAAUGACAAAAGGAUCCCCCUCCGCGAGCCCAGAGAGGCCGGGGCCGUCCGAGGGGCGGCAUCAGGCCGGACCGCGCGGCCCUGGGCAGGGCGACCCCAGAAAGCUCCACGUCGGUGUCGCAGCCGCCUCUGACGGCUGCAGAGGGGGUGAGGGCAGAUCCACAGACCCCGGGCUCCACAGCAGCAGCAAGAGAGACCCCUCCAGAGCAAACCAAGGCAGGGGCGCUGGUCCCCACCAGUGUCUGGGUAAACAGGGACCCACCGAAGUGUCAGGAAAGUUGCCGGAGUAUCAAGACAGAACAGCUGGUGGUGACGUUAAGACUGCUGAGCAGUUGAAAAGUGGGAACGGUAAAAUAAGAGUCACAAGGAAAGAUGCAAACCAGGAAAGUUCUGGAAGGAAGGAGGGGUGGCCAUUGGAGAGAAGAUACCCAGCAUUUGAAAAUACUCUUCCAUUCAGUAAGGCCAUGGACUCUUGGACAAAAUCUUCUGAAGAUGAAAAAAUACAGAAGUCAAACUCUGGAGAGCCAAGUUUCAGCAAAUUCAAAACUUCAAGCCUUUCCAAUAUCCCCCUGCUUUCCAUGGAGAGGCAAAGGUGGCUAGAACCCCCAGAGACUGCUACUCUCAACAGGCAACAACACAUGGAGCCACUUGAUGAAACCAAAGAUGAUGGAAUCUCAAAAUCUGAGAACAGUUCACCGGUCAAGAGAGCACCAAUAACUCCUGGACCUUGGAAAGUACCAAGUGUGUGUAAAGUCACCAAAGCAGCAAGUGUGGCUGAAAAACGGGUUUGACUGACACUUUUUUAAAACAUGUUUUAAUCAAGUUUCUAAUGAUGGUCACUUAAAAGCACCAUUUCUUUACAUAAAGUCAUCAUUUUUCAGAAACUGUUUAGAGGCUGGAAAGUAAUCUGAUUUAUUCUUAAAUUAUCUAAGCUGCAUGAAGGAACUUUGGAUUGCUUAAAUGAAACUCCUCCAUAAGCUGCUGUCCCCUUGUCCUUUGAAGGCAGUGUGCUGCUGCUCCCGACAUUGCACUGCUACAGCUUUCUCAGAUAGUAUUGUGAGGUUCUGAACAAAGUUAUUUAAUGCUUAUAUUGCCAAUGUGAUCAUGACUCACUUGUUCUUGUGCCAAGUUAUCUACUGUAUCCAGUCAAUCUAAUCCUUCUCAUAUGUAAUCCGGUCCCAGAAAAGACGAGGUUUUGUUUGAAAUGGGUAUUUUCUCAAGAGCAUGUUGCAUGUUUACAUAAGGAGAUACCCAUGUGCUUACUGCUUCUCUGAGAAGAUGGGUGAGUUGGUUUUAUCAGUUCUAGGGCAGCAAUGAGCCACUAAUGCUGCUCCAGCAGAUGUGUUUUGUUUUUAUUUUUUUUUACCUAAUAUAAAAUCAUGUAGAUAAGAAUUACAUUGGACAUGAUGUAAUUCUGCUUUUUAUGAACACAGCACAAUUGCUUUAAUUUCUUGAUUCAUGAGGAUGCUCAUAGUAAUUGUUGACAAACAUCUGUCUAAAAAGAGAGAUGAUUUCUGGAUUCUGUUAAAUAGCAUAAUUCCUUUGGCUUCCCUUGUGGCAGGGUCAUCCUUACCAUUCUCUGUAAACAUAUGUGAGUGUGUAUUUAUUUUUAGUGUCAUUCUGGUGCUAUUUACUGAAAUUUCCUUAGUUCAUUAUUUAGCACUAGUUAAGAGUUGGGAUUUUCUUUCCUCUGUAAUGAUAGCAGUUGAUCCUUAGUCAGCUUCUUGAAUGAAACUAAUUCUACCUGUGCAUACUGCAAGUCUCCCCCAUCUUACCUGAAACGUGUGAUCUAAGAGUGUGAAAUAGAAUAAUAAUACAGGCAAGGUGAGAUGUAAUAUCUACUGUUUUGGCUCUAACAUAAAAUAAUAGGAGGAAAAAUAUCAGGAAUGCCACCAACCAAAUAAUUAGCGGUAAAAACAGUGAACUGAAAAAAUUUAAAGGGAUGUAAUUGCUUUGAAGUUUUAGUGAUGGCUUCCUUCAUGUCUACAAGAAGUGGUAAAAGAAGCUCUUUGGUCCAGUUUGUAAAAGCAAACAGUAGUACCAAAGGUCAAGCUUUACUUAUGUUAAAAUUCAUACUAGUACAACCUGCUAAUUGCAAAUGAUUGAGCAGCAUCUUUGACUUUAAACAUUGAAUGCUUUUAAAGUUCAUUGAAGCACAGCGGAUCAGCUCUGAGUUGAACAAUUCUUCACCUACCUAAGGAGGUUUUUGAUCACUUCUUGGAAAGUAAAUAGGCUUUAAGGCAGAUCUGCACUGCUCUCUGCUGUUUCACGUGGGACGAUCCACUGAUUGCUGUAGCAUAUGUACUAAUACUCCAUGGUGUGGAGUCUGACUGUGAAACUAUUCAAUACCUUGAAGUAGCCUCUGUAGAUACUAUCCAUGUAUUCUUGACAGGAGACUGUUUAUGUUGUUGUAUACACCUGCCCUACCCCUGAGUAAUGAAAUCAGAAGUUUAAUAUGAAGAUGAAUUAGCACCACUGAAAUUAUUUUCCAUUUUUUUCUGCUAAUGUGAUCUAACUUAGCGUCUUACCUGUCUGUGAUUUCUCCUUCCAGAGAACUUGUAUCUGUACUUACUGUAUGAGAUGACUUAGCAAUGUGGCCUUGGAAUGCUAAGCAAUGGAUGGAUGUACUGGGUGUAAAUGUUUAUAUAUUGUACAGCAUCUUUAUAUAUACUUCUGAGGUUCUAACUAGAGAAAGACCUGUAAAUUGCUCAUUAUUUUUUAUAUAGAUAUUAAAAAGAAACUCCAGUUCACGGUCUGUUGGUUCUGCACUGUAUAAAACAUUCAUUGUUGACUUUCAGUGGUGUGACACCUGCAUUUAACAGAUCAGUAUAAGAUCCAGGUUUUACCCAUAAGCAAAAUACUCUUCUGGAAAACAAAUGCAAUUUAUUAUUGGAACUUUAAUUGCCUCUUUGUUCAGGUAGUAUUUGUUCAACAAAGGUACUAUAAAAAACAUCAAAUCAUGUAGUAUAAACUGUG